UAAACACAGGCUUUGCUACAAGUAACCUUUGUAUCGCUUGUCGGAGCGUCAACUCCACUAUACCAGUUCAUGUCAAUACUACUUAGAAGUUCGGUGGCAACGUGUAGUGGUGACGUCCGUAAAUUUCAGCGCGAGGACCAAGUCAGGAUGAUUUCUAUCAAAGCACUGGCAUUCAUGCCCCAAACCAUGCCGCAGGCGAGGAAAGUCAACCUUAAGAUAUUUCUUGAUGAUAAUGCCAGGCCAACGGAAAGAGAAGAGGAUUUGAUUUUGAAAAUGCGGAGAAGAGGACUCAAAAUCGUUGGAAGAAAAGAUUACAUCUCGGUUCAAAGUGACUCAAGAAUAGCCAUGCAAUACAACUUGAUUGGUCCAAAGGAAUUUAUAAAGGUGAAGCAACAUAUAUCCAUUAAGGAAUUUCCUAAAUGGACGAAAAACUCCCUAUAUUACGUAAAGCAAGACGAAGAUUACCACAUGGAAGGGGAGAUUGAUGUACUCCAGGCUGGCAAGUUUGUAACAUCGUUUGAAGUCAAGGCAAUUUUAACACAUGACGCGUUCGAUUACUCUGGGCCUGACAAGGUUGAUGCUGUAGAAGUUGUAACCUCCAGUGAAUCGGAAUAUGACUCCAAAGAAGAUGAAGAGCUCACGGCUAAAGAACUGGAACGAGCAGUUGACGAGGAGCCUGUUGAAGACGCAAAGGAGGAGGCGGGGGUAGAACCAACCAUUCGAAUAUCUAAACCCUACGCGGAAUCCAAUGGCAUUAUUGGAAAGGCAGGAGGUGUUCUUGAACUCGAAGGAUGCGCUGCUACUAUAACAAUCCCUAGGGAUGCACUGGAGAAAGAUGUACAUAUUAAGAUUGAGCUGAUUCCAAACCUGAUCAAGAAUGAUGUUCACAGCGACAAAAAUGCUACUCUGUGCCACGCCUUCCGAUGCUCCCCGCCUGGAUGCAAACUGAAGAAGCCAAUGACAAUAUCAUGUGAGCACUGUGCCAGAAUUGCCCCAUCAGUGAAAUCGGGGGACACCCCCAUAAUACUUUACUCUUCCAAAGAAAAUACAGAUAUCGACGACGAGACCAUGAGAGGACUGGCUGGAGCGAUCGAGACUGAUCAGCAAAUCGAGUCCUUGGGUCGAGCACUAGGGUUUUCCGCUGCGGAUAUCAACAGGUUUCUGCACUCAAACAGGCUAGGAUCCCGGACAACGUUCAAGGGCACGAGUGAUAUGCUGUUUGACUGGAAGCAGAAGGUAGACGCAGGCCAGCAGCGUCCGAGGCUGAAGGAAGCACUGAAAAAGGCUGGCCUCGUCAUGCUGGCAGAAACGCACUUAGGAAUGGCCAAACCAAACGAAGCCCUUUCGCACAGCCUCCUUGCAGACCUUGCAGGGUCCCUGUGGUCUGAUGAAGUCGUGGAAGACUUGGGUCGGGCUCUCGGGUGCUCAGUGGCAGAGUUGAACCGAUACACUGCCACGAAUAAAAGAGGGGAACGGGUUACGUUCAGAGGCACCCAGGAUAUGCUACUGGACUGGAGACAGAAGGUCUCCCCAGGAGACCAGAUUCGGAAGCUGAAGGAAGCGCUCGACGAAGCAAACCUUGCAGAACUUAGUGAAACCUAUCUGACCGGAAACGUAGAAGUUGAACAACAAGAGCUGAGAGCGCCAGAAUGCAGAAUCGACGACAAGACAAUAGAGUUUGAUGUUGAUGAGUUAAGUACGUAUGAACUCCGAGUUCCAACUGAGAGUCUGAACGGAAAGGUGGUUGGCUACCUUGCCUUUCACCCAAUCACCAUGCCAAAAAAACGAAAGCCAGUUCUUAAUUUCAUAAUCUACGACAACGUACAAGGACGCAAAAAGGGAUUGUGCGAGGAAAUGGAGAUGAUGGGUCGAGUCACCAGAGACGUUGAGCGGUUGUUUGUAGUUGAUUCUGCUAUUCAGAAUGGUCUCGACGUUUCGUGCUCAUUGGAUGAAACAGAAGAGAUCGUGACAGAGACCCUCGACAUGCUGGAUCUGAAUCUCGGCCAAAACAUCCUGGACUUUGACUUGGAUUUUACAGACAUCUCAAUGAAUGAAGGAAAUGUAAAAAUAACGAUUUCACAUGGGAAAAGACGCCGGAAUAGCAUAUUUGUCGUCGACAUGAAAGAAAAUUCAAGAUCAACAGCAUGGGAGAACGCAUGAUCGGUCCCAUCAUCAUCAUGACGUCACAACUUUACUGUGCAACUUCUCUUACCACAGUCUUCACCCAUCAGCAUGAUCAGAGGACACACGGGAUAAUACUGGGGACACACAAUAAGGAUUUUUGUUUUAACCUAAAUGAAACACCUGUCCCAACCUUUUACGUAUAAAACAUGGUGCAAAAUACUAAUUUUUGUUAUUAUUUGCACCAAGAAAUAUGCAUUAGCACCAUAAAAGGUGCAGAAUUUUACCUGUUAAGGCGCAUUAUAUUUGACAUAAAAAAUAUGAAAAUUUGCACCUUUCUUAUAUGGUUCAUUUUGCACCCUCACUGCUAAAACUCCGGUGUUGAUUUGACACCAGCCCGGAAUGUCCACACCAGAGAAGUAUUGAAACAACACCAGUUUGGAAUCAAACCGAUGCCGUUUUAAUACUAAUUGGUGUUUAACCAAAACGAAACUGGUGUUGUUUAACACUUCUCUGGUGUGGACAUAAUAGAUACCAGACUAGUGUUAAAUCAACACCGGCAUUUUUUGCAGGGUAUUUACCCCCCCCCCCCACCAAUAUUACCAAUUUUUUUUUUUUUUUUUUUUUUUUUUUUAUGGUGUAUAUUACUUUGUAUGGUAAAUGUAGGACCCCAAGGAAGAACAGCGGUAUUUUGAAAAUACAGCUGAAUUGGGUGAUCCUCCGUUAUUGUAUGUAUCUCUCUUGUAUAUUGUAUAUUUUUUAUCUGAUUCGGAAAUAAAAACAAACAAACAAACAAAUUUAUGCCUUGUUAUCUCAUGUAAACUUCAAUUUUGUGUAAAUAUUUGUAUUUGUAAUGCAUUAAAGAAAGGCAAGUUUCCUCGUGAUUGAUAAUAAAGUGUCAAUUCAUUCAUUCAUUUAUUCAUUCAUGCAAAAUGUAACAUAAAGGAUCGGAUCUUCAUCAAUAUCUUCGCAGGGAUUAGUAGGGAUAUAUUUAGUUUAAUUCAGUUUUUAAUUCAAUUGUAUUCACAUCACUUUAAAAACACAUCAAGUUUACAAAUCAAUCCAAAUUACAAAAUACAUCAUACAUUACACGUACAUGUAAAUUAGGUAAGUUCUAAUUUGAAUAAUCGGUAAAAAUUUUGGUGGGGAUUUUAAUGUUUUUGGUAUGGUCUGGACCGAAAUUCAGGAAGCGUUAUUGAAUAAUUCAGAUAAAUAUUUUCUAUUUGUAAUAGGUUUCAUAACUACUGAGUUAUACAUGUAUGUAGCUCACAGCAGGUGAACCUGCAUUUUUGUUUAAGGUCAAAUCCACCUCAUAAAAAUGUUGAUUUGAAUCAAUAGAGGAAAAUCAGACAAGCAUAAUGUUGAAAAUUUCAUCAAAAUCGGAUGUAAAAUAAGAAGAUAUUUUCAAGUUUCGUUACUUUUCAUAAAACAGUGAUAUGUACAACUCAGUGAAAUGCAAAUUAGACAGUCGGUGAUGUCCCUCACUCACCAUUUUUUUUUAUUAUUGUUUGAAUUAUACAACAUUUCAUUUUUUAUAGAUUUGACCGUAAGCAUGGUAAGGACUGAACCAUAUUGACUGAACCAGAUAGUAUUCAACAAUGCUAAUUCCACAUGUUCAGGGAGGAAUUAAUCGUUGUUUCACUUGACAUUGAGGAGAACAUAAGAAUAUUUCAUAUUUCAUAUGAUAACAUACAAAAGAAAUAGAGAGUGGAUGACGUCAUGAGUCUUCUCAUUUGCAUUCCGACCAGGAUGUACAUAUAACUAUAUUGUGAAAUUAAGAAAACUUUAAAAUGUCAUAACUUUCUUAUUUUACAUCAAGUUUUGAUGAAGUUUUCACUGUUAUGCUUGUUGGAUUUUUCUCUUUUUAUUCAAAUCAACUUUUUGUUGGGGUGGACUUGUCCUUAAAGUGUAUGGCUUAUUAUGUUAACAAGUAUUUGUUGUGUCGUCAUGUGCAGUAUUCAGUACUUUUUGAUAGUCGCUUGCUGUGUCUAAUGAUUUACUUUAAACAAUUUCGGUGGGAUAAUGUACAUACUUUGUUUCUUUCAGUGUGGGUUUUUUUCCCUCCAAAUCUGCGUUAUAAUUCAUUAUGUUUUUUGAUUGACUUAACAAUGCCCUUGUUAUACACGGUUAUCGUAAACAUUAACGAUUUACAAAAUUCUAAAGGGGCUAAUAUUUAUUGUACAGCUCCUGAAAAUACAAAGAAAUGCAUUAUAUCAUUAAUUUCACUCUGAAAAAGUUUAACCAAUAUUACAUAAAAUGGGAACAUACAUAUUUGCUGGGUAAAAUGAUACCAAAUACGUUGUAAAUUUUACGCAGUUUUGCGUUCAAAUUUACCCUUAAAAUAUGCAUUUUGCUCAAUAUGGGGGAAAAUUACCAAACAAUCAUGCAUGUUCCCUUUGUACACAAUAUUGGGAAAGUUUUUACUCGACCUUUUUUUAGACUGAUGGAUUUUUCAAUUCCCGAAAAAAAAAACAGACCAAUCGUGCAUGCUCAAAAUUGAUGAGAAAUAAUCAAGAAUAUUGUCUACUAAAUUUUGUUCAGCAUUUUUCAUUUUAGGUUGAUCUUGUACUUUAGACUCUGAAAUUGCUCGAUUUGUUUAUUACAGAUAUUGGCAAAAAUAUUAUUAAUGCAUGAAAAUGAAGUACAGGUAGCUGAUACACGUGUUGGUUUUGUAAUAAGCGGCCUAAAAUGCGAGUGUAUGAGCAAAAGGUAUAUGUUGUAAUUGUGUUGAAAUUCAUAUUGAUAUACCUUUUAGGCUGCUUUAAUUCUUUUUGUCAUAUGAUACAGACAUUCCCCUACAUAACCUUUAGUAAUAAAAAGGGAAAUCAUGGCUCAGAUAAUGAUCCCGAUAACACAUGCAGACUCAUCACGUGUACCUGAUAAUGUUUCAAUAAAUAAGGUAUCGACAUUUUCAUUACUAGAA